GAUGGCGGGCGUCGGUUGCUGAUUGAGCUGUUGGUGGCGGGUGUUGUUGCUUGCUGGAAGUUUCCAGGUCGGGGAGGGGGGGAAACCUCGGUCCGGGUGCCGCUCUGCGGAUACGAUGCAUUUUUCCAUCCCGGAGACUGAGGUGCUGAGCGCCGAUAACGGAUCCACUUAUGUGGCCUACAACAUUCAUGUGAAUGGAGUGUUGCACUGUCGAGUCCGAUACAGUCAACUCUAUGGAUUGCAUGAGCAGCUGAGAAAAGAAUAUGGAGCCAAUGUACUUCCUCACUUUCCACCUAAAAAGAUUUUCACGUUAACGACUGCAGAAGUAGAACAGCGGCGGGAGCAAUUAGAAAAGUACAUUCAGAGCGUACGCCAAGAUUCCUUGCUUGGUGGCAGUGAGGCAUUCAACAGCUUUCUGAGAAAAGCGCAACAGGAAACUCAGCAGAUUCCAACACAAGAGGUACAGCUUGAUGUCUACCUAUCCAAUGGACAGAAAGUAACAGUUAAUAUUUUCAGUUCAGACCAGACAGAAGAUGUGCUAGAGGCAGUUGCAGCAAAACUGGACCUUCCUGAUGAUCUGGUUGGAUACUUCAGUCUUUUCCUUAUCCGGGAAGGAAGUGACGAUAGUUGUUCUUUUGUACGCAAGCUUCAGGAGUUUGAACUGCCAUAUAUUUCGGUCACAAGUUUGAAAAACACAGAAUAUAGAAUUGUGUUGCGAAAGAGCUAUUGGGAUACUGCUUAUGACAAUGAUGUUAUGGAAAAUCGGGUUGGAUUGAACCUUUUAUAUGCUCAGACUGUGGCUGAUAUUGAACGAGGGUGGAUCCUGGUCAAUAAGGAGCAACACCGACAGCUGAAAUCACUUCAAGAAAAGGGCUCCAAAAAAGAGUUUAUCAGCCUGGCUCAAACGCUGAAGUAUUAUGGAUAUAUCAAGUUUGACCCUUGCAUCACUGAUUUUCCAGAGAAAGAAUGUCAUGUAAUAGUCAGUGCUGGUAACAAUGAACUGAAUUUUCAUGUCAAGUUACCCAGUGACCAAAUCAAAGAAGGUAGUUUCAAGGUCACGCGCAUGAGAUGCUGGCGUGUCACAUCCUCACAAGUUCCACUAACAAACGGCACUGCAAACAGCCCAGGAAAGACAGAGACCAAAUUGGAAUUGGCUUUUGAGUAUUUGAUGAGCAAAGACAGACUCCAAUGGGUGACCAUUUCUAGCCCCCAGGCAAUAAUGAUGAGUAUUUCUUUGCAAGCAAUGGUGGAUGAACUAAUGGUGAAGAAAUCAGGUGGCAACAUAAAGAAGAUGCUAAAGAAGCGCAUGAAUGGUGCGUUACGUCGGUCAGACAGCCAGCAAGCUGUGAAAUCUCCUCCACUCCUGGAUUCUCCUGAUUCAAACAGAGAACCUAUUGUCAAGCUCUCGAGUAAGCUGUCUUCUGUUAGCAUCCGGGGAAUCGGAACUUCCUCCAAUGACAUCAGUGCUAAUGACUUCCAUGGUAACUAUGCCUUUGAGGGUAUUGGUGAUGAUGAUUUGUGAAGUUUUGCUAGGUGAACCAUUCACUGCCUGGGGAAAACAGAAAUCUUGCACUUGCAUCUGAUCAGUUUGCACAGAAUCUACCGAAGGAUUGAACCAUGAUUGUUGUUUGGAAGAUGUCAUCAUGGAUCAUGAUAUGUCAAGAAGCAACAAAGUUAAACAGUCAUGAUCUUUUGUUUAUGAUCAUGAUUAACACCAAAUUAUCGUUUACUAGAGUAUUUUGCACAAUGAUUCAAAUUUUUUUGAAAAUUCAUAAGAUUCGCUUAUGUUUACACAAAAUAUUAAUGAAAGUUAACAGUAUUUCUCAAUGAUUCCAGAAAAACUGUCGUUGCAGACUGAAGUUAGUUGAAAUGUCUUCUACUUUUUAAAAAAAAAAUUGAACAGUGACACUAAGUUGUUUACGAAAUUGUAGCAGUGGUUUUGUUGCCAAGCCAGAGCACCCAGCUAGUAUAGAAACUAAAGAUUUCAUUUAGGUAUAAAGCACCAGAUUGACUACUAAAAUGUAAUCCAGGUUGCAGAGAAAAGUGUAGCCUGUUUUCCAUUGGUGAUCACUGUGGGAAAAUUAUUGUACAUUCUGAAUGCCAUCUUAAUAUGUCAAUGCAAGAUCAAAAUGUCUUUGUAAGCUCUUCUUUGCAGUAACUGUACAUUAUGCUGGUGUCAAUCAUAUUUCCAUCUGUAUAAACUCAUUAAAUGUUUAUUUGCGCAAUAAUGCAUUUAAUUCCACUUAGUGACCUGAUAUUAUACUUGCACAAGGCAAAUUGUUCACUUACUUUGAUUUAAUUUUGGUCCGCAGUCUUGGUUUCAACUGCAGAAAAUUGGAGGCUGUAUCUAGAUAACCCUCUUAUUCAUUGAGUAGGUCAUAAAAAGCUGAUCCUAAUUUUUAGGAAUGGUUUAAUUAUUUUAGCCCUCUAAUUGACACACUAAAAUAUCAAUGUUUUCCCUAUCCGUCUUGUAAAUUUAAUCUUGUUUGAAUAAUAUCUGCAUCUUCAGAACAAGGCAUGUGGAAAACCUAAGCAAUUCAAUUGCAGUUUUACGCUGAAUUGUAACAACAACUUUGGCUAGCCAAGUAACAGAUCAAAUCUUAAUUUUAGAGAAUACUGCAACAGGCAGGAUUGAGAGAUUCUGCUGAAGCCUUCAGCACUGCAUUGUUGAUGAGUGCCAAACCUACAGAGGUUCCAAUCUUUUUUUUUAUUCCUUUCUGAAAUGUUGUUUGAAACCUUAGUACCAAACUGAGCAGAGUUAGAUUUUUGCAUAUUUCCAUUUUAAUUAUUUGAUCUAUGCUUACUAAAGUUAUUUAUGUAAAGUCAGCUG